UCUGUUUUAGUACCUUCACAUAACACUAACCAUCUAUGCUCAAUUCUAAAACUUUGGAAUAGAUGGCCACUUCUGGUUUAAUUAUCCGUCUCUUUUCACUUCUCUGUAUCAUCCCAGUUCGCUGCUGUGCUAAAUCAUGCCGACCAACAAACGACGCCGCAUUGUUCGUUUUCGGGGAUUCCCUCUUCGACGUCGGAAACAAUAAUUACCUCACCUCCAAAAUUCCCUUUCAGGCCAACCGAUUUCCCUACGGCCAAACCUUCUUCAACUACCCCAGUGGCAGAUAUACUGAUGGACGAACCAUUGUUGAUUUUGUUGCUGAGUAUGCGAAUCUGCCACUGGCUCUUCCUUAUUUGCACCCUGCUUAUCGACAAUGGCUUGAUGGGGCCAAUUUUGCUUCUGGUGGAUCUGGAGCUCUCUGUGAAACUGGUCAAGGACAGGUGAUAGACCUUAAAACUCAGCUUGAUUAUUUCAAGAACUUCACCAAGCUAUUGAGGAAGAGAAUAGGAGAAGAAAAAGCCAAAGGCUUGAUAUCCAAAGCUGUUUACUUGAUCAGCAUUGGAAGCAAUGAUUAUGUAGAACGUGUGGUUGUGAAUUCCAGUGCCUUUUCAUCAUACUCUCGAGACCAAUAUGUUGACUUGGUGAUGGGCAAUCUGACAACUGUUAUUGAAGAAAUUCACAAUGAAGGAGGGAGGAAAUAUGGGUUUCUUGGCUUGGGCCCUAUAGGAUGUGUUCCACAGAUGAAGAUGCUUGCGGAUGGGACAUGUUGCUGCCAUGAAAAUGAAGCUUCUGUACUGGCAAAACUUCAUAACAAAGCACUUUCUUGGAUUCUGCGGAAGCUACAGAAACAGCUUAAAGGAUUCAAAUAUUCACUUGCUAAUUUCUAUGAUUCACUUACUGACCUAAUUAAUAACCCCAUUCAAUAUGGUUUCAAAGAAGGUGGUGUGGCAUGCUGUGGUAGUGGUCCUUAUAGGGGAAUGUUAGCCUGUGGAGGAAUUCUGGGAAGGACAAGUUACGAGCUGUGUAGAAAUUCAAGUGAAUAUGUGUUCUUUGACUCUGUUCAUCCCACUGAUAGGGCCAAUCAAUUUUUUGCACAGCAAAUGUGGAUUGGACAUCCCCAUGUUGCUGCACCUUACAAUCUGAAAUCACUUUUUAAGGCCUAAAAUUCAUGUACACUGACACUGAAUAUACAUGAAUAUUAGUCUAGAGUCUGAGAUUAUUAUCUUUUUGCUUUCCAAAUCUGAUGUUUCAUAGUGAAUAUUUUAAGCAGACAUCAUGAUCUACUUUUACUUAUCUUCCUUAUAGAAAUAUCAUGUAUUAACAUGGAAACUAUUGUUACCGUUGCGUUCUAGUCUUUUCUGCAGCUGCUAUAAUAAAACUAGUCUGAACUCUAAACACAC